AUGUCAUCCGGCCUCGACCCCAAGGGACCUUCCCAGCCCAACUUGGACGCAGCAUACACUACUGCCGGCAACCCAGCCACAAAAGAGCCCGCAGAGAAGGCCCAAGCAAGCCAAAAAGAUGACUCAGCACCAAUCGACAAGCGCAUCCCCUCCGAGCAAGCACACUCCCAAUCCGAAGCCACCCCCACUUCAGUAGCGCGCGGUAUCCGUGGUGCUCCCCCUGGCGAAGAGGCCAAGGGUGAGACCCACGAGUCCGUGGGCAGGAACCAAGAGCUUGAUGGACAGCAGAUGGCCGCACCUGGAGAGGGAAAGGUCGCAGACGCUGUGGACCAAAAGCCGGGAGCCACGGGAGCUCAGCCUGACUUGGCCUCCGAUCUGGAUCGCAAGAAGGAGGAGCAAAAGGAGGCUAGAGAAGAGAUCAAGGCACAGAAGAAGGAGGAUGUCGAUGUUGCUGGUGUACUGGGUCAAAGAGGAGGCCCUGCAAACCCUGUCGACAAGGAGGGAUACCCCAACUCUGAUUACAAGUAG